AUGUCCCAAUACAAGACCAUCAGCGUGUCGUCCACUGCCCCAGGUGCGGUGAGAAUCGUCAUCCAGAAUGGUGCUUCCAAUCUGUGGGACUGGGAUCUCAUGGAGGAAAUGGCCAAUGCACUUGAGUCUUUGGACGACGAUGUCAAAGUCGUCAUCUUCUCGAGCAACAACCCAUACUUUUUCAUUGCGCAUUAUGACUUAAGACAGUCCGGCCCAGACGGCCCGUCCAUCGAAGAGCAGGUAUCAGUUACCUUCCACAAGAUCCUCUUCAAGAUACUCAAAUCGCCCAUUAUCUUCAUCGCUGAGGUCGACGGCAUCGCCCGCGGAAUGGGUAGCGAGUUUGCUCUGCACUGCGACAUGCGCUUUGCCGGUAGAGGCAAGACGCGCCUCGCACACCCAGAGUGCAGAAUUGGUAUCAUUCCCGGGGCAGGGGGCGUCCAGCAUCUUGUCGAGCAGAUUGGACGUGCCCGAGCCUUUGAAUACAUCCUCACCGGCUAUGAAGUUGAUGCCGAUACGGCAGAGAGGAUUGGCUGGAUCAACAGAGCUUUCAACUCAGAAGAGUUGGCUCAAAAGGUUGAUGAUAUUGCCAAGAGGAUUGCCCUUUUCCCAAAGUCUGCGUUGUCGGCCUCCAAGACCAGCAUCAAUGCUUCUUCUUGCCCGAAGGAGUCUGAUACUCUUCGGGAUAGCGAGACCUUUUUUAAUCUCAUCAGGGGAGAAGAGCAUCAAAAGUUGGUUAAAAAGAUGUAUGAGGUUACAAAGGGCUUGGACUACAAGAACGGCCCUGUUGACGAUGAAACGGUCAUCAAGGCUCUUUAUGGGGAAUAG